CCGGCGGUGCUACACGUUCCAUCACUCGUGUACGGAUUACCGUCUCCGGCUAGCCGGAAUUGACGUCGCCCGCAAGAUGUCUCUCCACCAGCGACCGAGCCUCAACUCCCCAUGCUCGACGAGCAAUCUUCCACCCAUUGACCCAGUCAACAUCGUCCUUCUCCGCCGCGAUGAGGCCGCUUCUACGAACACUCGUGGCGAGACCCACGUCGACUCUCCUCCCGCGCACUGGCCACCUGGCAAACUUCCGGCAGCAGCAGCAGUCAGCACCUUCAACAUGUCUCCGAUGUCAAUCUCACACUAGCCAGCUCCAGCUCGCAUGGACUCGUCAAUUGCGAUUCUACUCUUCGGAGAUAGAUAAACCAAAAGAUGCGGAUAAGAAGCCCGUAGAAGGGGUGUCGGAGUCGGAAACCACACCGGAAUCCAAGGUCACGCCGGAAUCGAAACCCACACCGGAAUCGAGUGUCCCACCUACCAACAGCCUUCGCAACCUCCCCUCGCAGCGAGAACUGCGCCGCUCCGAGGCGUCAAAACGGUUCUCGAAGGCAAUGGACGACCUACAGACUGCCGUGUUCACCGCGGGACAGAAGCUCAACAUCCUGACGGGGUACUCGGACAUUGAGACAUUGAAGAAGGCGAUUGAUGCGCUUGAGCGCCACGUUCAAGCCUCGCGCCUUGCCGUACGGAACGCGAAGGAGGAGUACCAAAACGCGAUCAACCGGCGGUCCGCAUCGCAGCGCGAAGUCAACGAGCUCCUACAGCGGAAGCAUGCGUGGUCAACAACGGAUCUGGAACGCUUCACGCAGCUGUACCGGUCCGACCACACCAACGAGCAGGCGGAGCGCGCGGCGGAGGAGCAACUGUCACAGGCGGAGAGAACGGCGGAUGAGGCGCAGGAUCAGCUGGCGAGGAGCAUACUUGCCCGGUACCACGAGGAGCAGAUUUGGUCUGAUAAGAUUCGGAGAGCCAGUACGUGGGGUACGUGGGGAUUAAUGGGAUUCAACGUCCUGCUGUUUAUUGUAGUCCAAUUGGGGCUGGAGCCAUGGAAGAGGCGGAGGCUUGUUGGUGGCUUUGAGGAGAAGGUCAGGGAGGUGAUCCAGGAGGAAAACAAGAAGUACGUGCUGUCCAGCGUACCAACGGCGCUGGCACCCGAGGAUGGGGAGGUGUUGUUGGUUGCGGAGAACACCACCGAAAUAUCUACACCGAACGAAACGGCGACGGAGACAAUGGAGGAGGUCACAUCAGACCUGGUUGAAGUCGCGGCCAUCGAGGAGGCACCCAUCCCCGUUACUCUAGAACCCGAGCCCGAGGUCACCGCGGUCGGAGAAGGAGAGUCCGUCGCCGAGCAGCAGGAGCAACAGGCAUGGUCACGAGGCGAGUCGGCAGUAGAGCACCAAGCCUGGGCACUGGGCGAGCUGACCUGGGAGAAGGUGAAACUUAUGAAAGAGAAGGCUAAGGCACUCGUGAGCGAGCAUGAGGUGGUGCUCACGCAGAGGGAGCUGACGACGAUUGCGGCGGAGGGUGUUGCCGUAGGAGCGCUGCUCACGGGAUUGGGUGUGACCAUUGUUCGCUAUUUCAUAGCGAGCCGGUAGCGAAGUUCCGUUGGAUUUCAGUUGCAUUGUAGAAUUCUGGCUAGAGAAGAUGGUGUAUCUAUACUACAGUAAAGUACGGUGGCCGUUAGAUGCCACCAUCAUUCAUACCACCGUGAGGACAUCACUCGACCCCGCGGUUCCACCAUCCGACUCGGCAACUUCCGAAGCACCGCCGCUUACCCGGUUGUCAUUACCUGCUCUCCAGAACCCGUCUGUCCCACCUCCAAAAAAUCCGCA